GACCAAUGUAACAUUAAGGUUAGAAAAACUUAGUGGUUGAUAACACCACAAACCACAAUACAAAAAUGCAAAACAACCGAGGUUUGUAAAUGAUAUAAAUGCAAUUUGCCUGUCCACGGACACAGCAGUCACCAGCUAAACUCUGAAUCAAUUUUACAAUGAGCUCAUGUCACUCGGUGGGGAGGUCCAAGGAGACCGCUCGUAUUAUCAUCAUCGGAUCGGGUCCAUCGGGCAUAGCGGCUGCCACACGGCUUCUCGAGCAGGGCUUUAAGAAUGUUACAAUUUUUGAGGCAGAGGAUCGCAUUGGAGGACGAAUCAAGACUAUUCCAUUUGCGGAUAGUGUUAUCGAUCUGGGGGCGCAGUGGUGUCAUGGCGAGGAGGGCAACGUUGUCUACCAACGAGUCAAGGAUUUGGAUCUUGUCUCCAAGACUGAAAGUCAGCUAAACACCACUCGAUUCCUACGAUCCAAUAAGGAAAUGAUUCUCCAAGAAACAGCCAAUGCUUUGACAACAAUCGUAGAUAGAUCGGUGCCAGAAGGGCCAAAUGCAUACGACGGAUCAUUUGGCGAUCAUCUGAACCACAAGUACUGGCUGGAGGUAGAAAAGCUUCCGAAUGUGGAUCGCACCAUCGCAACAGAGAUGCUGGACAACUUCAAGAAGGGACUGUGUGCUUUUGAAGGUUCGGAUAACUUGUAUGAAGUUUCCGGACAUGGUCAUUUGGAGUAUGAGACGUGCGAUGGCAAUCAGGAAAUUCACUGGCGCGAUAAUGGUUAUAAGACCUUUCUUAAAUUGCUCAUAAAUGCCAAGGAGGAUCCGUCCGACGAUCUUGGCGUACUCAAGGGAAGAGUGAAUCUCAACAAGCGCAUUUUGGAGAUUAACUGGGAGGGUUCUGAUGAGCUGAGACUGCGGUGCUGGAAUGGUGAAAUCCUAACUGCAGAUCAUGUCAUCUGUACAGUGUCGUUGGGAGUGUUGAAGGAGCAGCAUGCCAGCAUGUUUGUGCCCGCUCUGCCAGAGCCCAAAUUGCGAGCUGUGAAAGGACUCAAGCUUGGCACAGUGAAUAAGUUCUUCCUUGAGUACGUGGCCCAGCCCCUUCCUCAAGAUUGGACUGGCAUAAAUUUCGUUUGGCUGGAGAAGGAUCUGAAGGAAUUGCGUGGCACCGAACGUUUCUGGCUGGAGAGCGUCAGCGGGUUUUAUAUUGUCAAAGAGCAGCCUCGCCUGCUGCAGGGUUGGAUCAUUGGCGAACAUGCUCGCUAUAUGGAAACCCUCACCGCGGAUCAAGUGCUCGAUGGAAUACUCUGGUUAUUCCGCAAAUUUCUGCCAUUCGAUGUGCCGUUUCCACAACGCUUCCUGCGCACCCAAUGGCAUUCCAAUCCCAAUUUCCGUGGCAGCUACAGCUUUCGCACCCCUUACGCCGAUGACCUGCACACAGGACCAUGGGACUUGGAGUCACCCCUAACGGAUGUGUGCGGUAAGCCGAGAUUGCUGUUCGCGGGCGAGGCGACAAGUAAGACCCACUACUCGACGGUGCAUGGAGCAACAGAAACUGGCUGGCGCGAAGCGGAUCGUUUGAAUGGAUUCUAUAGCAAACUUAGCUAAAACAUCUUCUCAAAUAUUGGCAAAUAAAUCUUUUAAAUUUCCCUUGAAAUGGAAAU